AUGCGACUUCUUGCACUUCUAGUUGCUGCAGCGGCAACCACUGCCGCCAUCCCUUUUCCCCCUGGACUGGAAUGUGCCGAGCUCCUCAUCGAGUUGACGCAUCGUGAGAUUUGCUCACGCCCUUCAAUGGCGGGAGACACAAUCAAGAUCCACUACCGCGGGACGUUCACAAACGGCACUGAAUUCGAUUCGAGCAUUGGCCAGGAGCCCUUGAAGUUCGCCCUGGGCCAGAAGAAGGUCAUUAAGGGAUUCGAUGAAGGUGCUAUGAACAUGUGUGUUGGCGAUAAGAGAAAGGUUAUAAUCCCGCCAUUGUUAGGAUACGGCAACAAGCAGCGUGGUCCCAUCCCGCCUAACUCAACGCUCAUCUUUGAGACCGAGCUUGUGGAAAUCGUUGGGGUCCCAAAGGAGAAGGCAUAA